AUGGCAGAAGUGCUGCUAAGUGCUUCAGUUGAGGUUUUACUUCAAAAGUUACUUUUGCUUGCAACAAGUGGUAAUAGUCAUUUGUGGGGUUCCAAGAAAGAAUUGGAAAAGCUGAGGAGAUGCUUAGCUAUAGCUAGAGCAGUUUUACAUGAUGCUGAGAGGCAACAGAGGAAGGACCAAGCAGUUAAGCUUUGGCUGAAGAAACUUGAAGACUUAGCUUAUGAUGCUGAUAAUUUGUUGGAUGAGCUCAAUUACACAACACUCAAGAAAAGUGAGUGGAAGGUAUGUUUUGUUUUAUCACUACCAAAUCCACUUUCUUGUAAAAUGAGGGCCAAAAUCAGGGAGAUCAUUGUGAACCUGAAAAUGAUUAAUGAGGAAGCCAAUGACUUUGCUAUCCCAAGGGGAGUUCAGGAUGGAAUUGAUCAUAUCAACCAUAAGGAGACUGACUGUUUCCAUGGUGAUUCCAAUAUUGUUGGAAGGGAAGAUGAUGUUUCAACAAUGAUUGAAUCCCUAAUUUGUCAGACCAACCAAGUAGUUGCAGUUUUCCCUAUAGUAGGCAUGGGUGGGCUAGGUAAAACUACAUUGGCUCGAUUGAUAUACAACGAUGAACAAAUAGUUAGAUAUUUUGAUGAGAGAAUAUGGGUCUGUGUAUCUGAGAUUUUUGAUGUGAACAAAAUUAUUAGACUGGUUUUAGAAUCAUUAACACAGAGAAGUAUUGAUGUGCAAAGUAGGAAUGCUUUACUUCAAAUCCUUCACAAGGAACUAGGUGGCAGAAAAUACUUGCUCGUUCUCGAUGAUGUUUGGAAUGAAAAGCUUGAGGAGUGGGAUGAUUUUAAAAGGUCCUUAGUUGGCAUUAAUGCAACAAAGGGAAAUGCCAUUAUCGUGACUACUCGAAGUGAACGAGUGGCAUCCAUAGUAGCAACACAUCAUCUUCAUUUCUUGGAGAAAUUAUCAGAAGAUGACUGUUGGUCUGUGUUCAAAGAAAGAGCAUUUCCAGAAGGAGAUGUGCCAAUGGAAUUGGUACCAAUUGGUAAACAAAUUGCGCACAAGUGUAGUGGUUUGCCUUUAGCAGCUAACUUGCUUGGAGGAAUGUUGCGUCUCACGAAAGAAACCAUCUUGCAAGUGCUGAAGCUGAGUUUUGAUCAUUUGCCAUCAACAUCUGUCAAGAAGUGUUUCGCCUAUUGUUCAAUUUUCAGUCGGGAUCAUGACAUUGAAAAGGAUCAACUGGAUGUAAAAAGAGAUGACUAUGGUAACAUUACCCAUUGUAAGAUGCACAGCCUUGUUCAUGCCCUUGCUCAAUCAAUUUCGAGAUAUGAAGGAUUUAAUGUAGGGUGCAGUACAGAAGAUGGCCAUCCACAUGUUCGGUAUCUUUCAAUGAAGUCCUUAAGGGAAUCAAUGCCUUCAGUUGUCAAGGAAAAAGCAAGAUCUUUACGCACCUUGUUUUAA